AUUUAAUCCGGGAAAAUUGUUUUAUGUUUCGUUCAUAAUAGUUAAUUUUAUGUCGGCCUGUGUAAUAAAUGGAAACUGGGUGCAUCUAAUAAAAGUACUAAAAGAAAAAAAUUAUACUAAUUUAGACAUGGACAUAGCUGCCGUACUGAGUUUGGCCGGAAUAUUUUUUUUCAAUUUCAGUUUUCUAUUCUUCAUAAAAGAUUAUGCAAAAAUAAUUCACAAUCUCUCAGAUUUUAAGCCCUAUGGAAAACCCGUUAAGUUCGAUGAAAAAACGAAAAAACUCAACUUUUACUCGAAAAUACACGGGACCUACAUGUUUUUUUGCAUAUUGAUUAUUGUUGUUUCUUCUAAUAUUAAGGUGGGGUGGUGUUCUUUAAGAAGUGUAUACGAUUGUGGCAUUUUUAUACAGCCUUAUAUGCUUUUUAAUAUUGAUCAUUAUCCAGGAAGAAUAUUCUUCUUCAUUUUAAAAUACAUUGCUUUAUGCAUGACUUAUCAGACUUCGGCAAAUUUGUCAUUUUGCAUGAGCGAAUUGGUGGAACACAUAAAUAUAAGGCUAGAUGAUGUGAUGGAGAAAUUUAGGGAAGCAUUAAAUGAAAAAAACGAAAAUCAAGAACGUGAUUUGAAAAGGGCUAUCCAAUAUCACAACUUUGUUAUAGAGAUUUCUAAUGAAUUUAACGUUUCGUCGAGGCAAUGUUUAUUCCUACACUUACUUUUAACCGGCAUCAUAUUAGGUUUGAUGGGAUAUCUGUCAAUAUACAAAUUAAGUUUUGAUUGUCUCGUGAUUUUCAUGGGAUAUUUUUCGUCCAUGGCUUUGGUCAGUGGCGGAGGGCAAAGAAUAAUGCACAAGAGUGUUUCUGUAUCUAUGGCUGUUUACAAUACUUCUUGGUACACUUUAGACGUAAAAAUACAAAAAUUGUUGGUUUUGGUUAUUGCAAGAUGUCAAAAGCCUUUGCACGUUAGGGCUGGACCUUUUGGAAUUAUGAAUUAUGCUUUGAUUUUGGGAGUUCUUAAAACUUCCUAUUCUUGUAUAACCUUUUUGCUAGCUACAAAUAGGGCUUAAUUGUUUUUUUAAAUGCCC